AUGCCUGACGAGGCCGCUACUCUGGUGAUAUCGCUGGACGCUAAUGAUGCCGCUUACUCUGCCGAUAAAAGCAACCUGAGCGAAGGGGCGUUCAGGGUCGUUUAUACUGGUACGAAAAUCUUAGGAGAGAUACCUGUAGUUAUUAAGUUCCUAAAAGACGAGUAUCGUACUUACCAAGUGAUCACUGAUCGCGGCAAAACUCAAGUAGAUAGUAUUCUACGCGUCUAUAGUUUCGGCCCUAUCUUUUUUCACAACGUUCUUGUGAUAGAUCAUCUUAGACCGUCGCUAGAGAGCAUCUUUGCAGAACGCGAGGGGAGGUUUACAGUCAAGACAGUAGUCAUAUUAGCCAAGCGUAUACUAGGUGUAGUUGAACGUGUUUACGCGAAAGGCAUUGUAUAUCGAGAUCUCAAGCCCGAUAAUUUCGUACUUGGGAGGCCGGGAACGCUAACUGCUAAUAUAGUACAUCUUAUCGAUUUUGGCAUAGCCAACCGCUACAAGGACCUAAAAACCGAGUUGCACAUCCCCUACCGCGAAGGCACGCCGCUCCUAGGUACUGCAAAGUAUAUAAGCAUCUACAUAUACCUUAGGCGGGAGCAAUCUCGACGAGAUGACCUCGAAUUGCUGUGGCAAGGGAUCAAGGCGCCGAAAAAAGAGAAAAACGAUCGAAUCAAACAGAAGAAGCAAGAGAUAACGAUUGAGGAUAUAUGCACUGGCUUCCCGGUGGAGUUUUCCGAAUGUCUUUGGUAUGUUCGUCACUUGGAUUUUGACGAUGAGCCGGACUAUGUAUACCUGUAG